CACUGAACAGCAGCCGCAGCCGAACGAACAACAAAAAACAAUUUUAAAAAUGUCGAGUCGAGUUUCAUUUUAACCAAAUUUAGAUAGUACACCAUUUGGAUGACACCAUUGUACGCCAGGAACAAGCCGUACAGCCGCACGGACUGCCGCACCCUCUCCCCCACACACACACACCGCAUAAACACUGCAGUAUUUUCACACUUGUAGUUGAGGUGAGUGGAGCCGCAGAAGAAGAAGGAGGACUUUUCCCAGCUUUUGGCUUGAAAACAUCCAGGAGCCACGAGAUGACAGACAAGGAGAUCGAGCAGUGCACCGUUUCUGUCUUCGACCAGACCCCAGGCUCGGAGGAAAAGAAGAUCAAUGUGGUGGUGCGGCCGCAUUUUACAGUCCAGCGGGUCAUAGAACUGAUUGGCACCCAGUUUCCCUGCGGAAAGUUUGAGCUUAUUCUACAGCCCCACGAGGGCAAGGAUCUGGUCCACUUAAACGCAUUGGACACUCAGCUGCUGUACGAUGUGAACGGCUUUGAGCGACAGCAGAAGAAUCAUCUGGUACUGCUACCCUCCGGCAGCUGGGAUGGUGAUGUGACCAAGCGCUUCGAGCUGCCCAUGAAGAAGGCUCAGGUGGGGGUCAGCCCCAAGGACCCAACCACCAAGUCCAGCGAUCAGAAGUCCAAGACAUCAGCCACUGGCGAGAAGAAGAAAAAGGUGGGCGAGAAGACAAAAAAGAAGUCAUCAUCGGGCUCAUCGUCACCGAGAAAGACAAAGGCAACGAGCGAGGACUCUGCUUCCAGCCCUAAGGCAGGGGCAAACUCAGAAGAGAGUCCAAAGGCAGGCGGCACCGCAGAGGAGAAGCCAAAGCCCAGCAGCAGCUCAGAGAAAAGUCCAAAGACAGGAGGCUGCUCAGAGGACAAGCCAAAGGCCGGAAGCAGCUCAGAGGAUAGUAUAAAGGCAAGUAGCAACUCAGAGGGCAAGCCAAGGCCAGGGGGCAGCUCAGAGGACAGGUCAAAGACCAUAGCUGAGGUCAAUUCAGAGGACGCUAUUGAUGUCAGGCCAGAAGAAAGUUCUGACGUCAGUCCGGUCCAUGCCAAACUAGUUUUCAAGGAGAAGGAGAAAACUACUAGCGAUGCCUGCUACGACCUGCCCAUGGACGAGCUAAACAAGGCGGUGACACACGAUCUGAUGUCGCCCGUCGACGAUCUGCCCUCGGAACUGUUCAACGUGAGUCCCGUCUCGGAUGCAGAACCACUGUCGGACGAUGACCUGGCCCUGGGCGCCUCGGCCAGUCCCACACUGAUGGGAGCCGGCUAUGACUUUGGACCAGCAGUCGGCGAUGGUGAGGGGUCAGUCGGUGAGGGUGACCAGGCAGCCGGUGGCGAAGAUGCAGGCGAAGUUUCGGGUCUGUCCAAGUUCUAUCGACGCAAGUACGGCGGCGACGAGCUGCCCUCGUGGCAGCGCAUGAACUCCACGGCGGCAGAUCUAGUGGCAUCGGCCACCACGGAGACUGAGCCUCGACCCACUGCUGGCCCCAAGGGAUACGUGGGACUGGUGAAUCAGGCCAUGACCUGCUACCUGAACAGUCUGCUGCAGGCGCUCUACAUGACGCCAGAGUUCAGGAACGCCCUGUACCGAUGGGAGUUCGACAACGACAACGAGGCGAAAAACAUCCCAUAUCAGCUGCAGAAGCUGUUCCUCAAUCUCCAGACAUCGCCCAAGUCCUCGGUGGAGACCACGGAUCUGACGCGCAGCUUCGGCUGGGACUCGACGGAAGCCUGGCAACAGCACGACAUCCAGGAGCUGUGCCGUGUCAUGUUCGAUGCAUUGGAGCAAAAGUUCAAGAACACCAAGCAGGCGAAUCUCAUCUCGAACCUCUACGAGGGCAAGAUGAACGACUACGUGAAAUGUUUGGAGUGCAAUACGGAGAAGACGCGCGAGGACACCUUCCUGGACAUACCGCUGCCGGUGCGUCCGUUUGGCAGCAACUCUGCCUACGGCAGCAUUGAGGAGGCCCUGCGCGCCUUCGUCCAGCCAGAAACGCUCGAUGGGAACAAUCAGUAUCUCUGCGAGAAGUGCAAGAAGAAGUGCGAUGCCCACAAGGGGCUGCACUUCAAGUCCUUCCCCUACAUCCUGACACUGCACCUGAAACGCUUCGACUUUGACUACACGUCCAUGAACCGCAUCAAGCUGAACGACAGAGUGACCUUCCCGCAGACGCUCAACCUGAACACGUUUGUCAAUCGCACUGCAAACGGCGAACAGUACCAAAUGAACGGCGGAACAGCGGCGGAAGAUUGCAGCACAGCGGAUAGCGGCUCCACGAUAGAGGAUGACAAUCUGAGCAGCGGCGUGGGGACCACAGCCAGCUCUAGCCAGCAUGAGAACGAUCUAAAUGACGAGGACGAGGGCAUCGAUAUGAGCAGCAGUACCAGCAAAAGUGCCAAGCAGGGCUCGGGACCAUAUAUGUAUGAGCUUUUUGCCAUUAUGAUCCAUUCGGGGAGUGCCUCGGGAGGUCAUUACUAUGCCUACAUCAAGGACUUUGACAGCAACGAAUGGUUCUGCUUCAACGAUCAAAAUGUGUCCUCAAUCACACAGGAAGAUAUACAACGCUCCUUUGGCGGACCAAAUGGCAGCUACUACUCCAGCGCUUACACUUCUAGCACCAAUGCCUACAUGCUGAUGUACCGACAGGUGGAUGGCAAACGGAACGAGCACACCGCCAAAGCUGCAGACUUCCCCGAGCAUAUCAAGACGCUGCUGCCAAAGCUACAUUCGGAGGAGGAAACGCGAGUAGCACGCAUUGGACGGCACAUCACUGUUACCGAUCUGGCGCUGCCGGAGCUGUACAAGCCACGCGUCUACUUCUACAAUCCCUCGCUCAAGAAGAUGAAGAUCACGCGGGUCUACCUGUCCCAGAGCUUUGACAUCAAUCUCGUGCUGACUUCCGCAUACGAGAUGUUGAAUGUCGAACAAUUUGCGCCCAUUGCCCGCUGUCGCCUGGUGGCCUACAAUUCGGCCAUGGACACGAUAAUCCAAUCGCUGGAGAGCUACACCGAUCCGGCGCUGACAGAGCUGCGAGCCGCCCAAAACUACAAUCUAGACUUCCUGCUGGAGUAUCGGGCCGAGGAUCAGACAUUCGAGACGUACGAGCCAGACGGCAUCACUUGGUAUGUGUUUAUGGUAGAUCUAUCGACGAUGGCCAUGGACGGUCCCUUCCUGGUUUACUCAGCAGCGCGGGAACGAGAGCCCAGUGACGUUCUGCGUCACUCCAUUGCCGUGCGGCUGCACAUCAACGAGCAGCAGUUCCUGCUUUCCACCGUACGCGGCGCUGUACCCAAGGCUUUUGUCGUAUACGAUCCCCAUCCCACACCUGAUGCGCAGCAGCAGCUCCAGAAUCUGGCCAACAGCCAAUUCAAAUAUAUCACAUAUUUCUAUUUGAAUGUCCCCAACACAGACGCCGCCAGUCUCGAGAUGUUGGGCGUGCCAAUUAGCGAGUGCCGCCUCGAGCCUCCUCCCAGCAGCGGUGCGGAUGUUGUGGAUGCCGCCAUGAUGAAUGGCGUGGGUUCCGGGCAGGAUUUAUCCUGCAAUGACUCUGAGUGGCGGCGUUACAAGCGGGAUUUGCUGGAGCCGCUGAACCAGCCAAGCCAUGGCCAAGAGUCCAAUUCGGAGGACAGCAGCCUGAGCGAUGGGGAUCGCACUCUGGUGGAGGCCGAAAACAUAACGAAUCGCGGCGGUGGCGACAGUCAAGUGAGCUCCACCAGCCACUCACCGCAAUUGUCUAGUCCCGAGGAUGAGGCCGCCUCCCACGAUGCCAUGAUGCGCGUGCACGCCUAUUGCAAUGGCAGCUACACGGCCGCAGACGCCGUGGAGCCCAUCCUCCUGCCCACGAGCACAACGCACUUCUUUCAUGCUUGCAAGGUAGAGUGCGUGGACGUGACUAGCAGCUCCAGUUCGAGCCAUCAGUCCGACGACGAGGCACAGCUGAGGAAACCCACCCGCGCCUACAAACUGCUGGUAGGCACCCACAUGCGGAUGGCUGCCUUUAAGCAACACAUCGAACAGCUGAUCCAGGUGCCCAGCGCCUACUUCAAGCUGCAGAGGAAGCAUGAAAACAACGUCUCUAUCAGCCAAACCACCUCGCUGGUCUACCUCACCGAGGGCGAGACCCUGACCGUGGAGCUGGGCAAGACACUGCAGUCUGACGAGUACAAGGCGAAGAUUCAGUUCUUGCGACUGGCCGACGUGGACAACGAAACCUCGCGACUGCCCUGCGCCUGUGAGUGGGUAUAUAAUGGUAGCACCACAGUUGAGCAGGCCAAGCAGGAACUGGUGGCGAAGCUGCAUCGCAUGGAUACCAAGUACUCCACCCUCACGGUAGACAAUUGUCGCAUGUGGUUGAAGGGCGGUCGCAGCUCCAUCAAGAUACUGGCAAACGAUGAGCACCUGUUCAGCGACAUAAGCUCUACAAUCACCACGGAGUUUAUUCUGCAAGAGUGCGAAGAGGGUGUCGAUCCGCAGCCGAAGGAUGAUUCUCUUACCAUAUUCGUGAGGCGCUGGUGUCCGAGCAAGCUGGAGUUUGGCAAAUUCCAGGAAAUCACCUUGGAAAACGACAGCGAGAUAAGGCAAUCGUUGUCGGAGAUUAGCAGCAUCGCAGUCGACAAAUUGAGCUACAUGAAGGUAAACAGUAACUUCCCCUGCACAAGCAUAUCAGCGCUCAGUGUAAACGAGUCCACCAGCUGGUACUCGGUGCCGACAACCAGGGACAAGUAUCCGCUAAGUACCACACAGGCGGGCAGCAUUUUCUUGUACAAAGAUAAGAGCAUACCCGUGCGAGAGCUGACACUGGAGGAGCGGCGCCAGAUUGAUGCGAGGGAGAAGGCUCGCCUGGAUCGUCUGGGUUGUGUGACUACCACACGCUACUCGCAGCGCCGCGAGCGAGCGCUCAAGAUCUACGUGGACUCGUCGGAGAAGGCAAACAACGCCACAGCCUCGGCACCCAUGGAUGCGCAUGUUGAUAAUUAGUCUUGCAUGGGGAGCUGCCGCUUGCAAUAGUAGAUGAUCAGAAGAACUAUAGAAAGCUCCUAGGCAAACGGCAGACCAUGAAAUCCCACACAGCCUAUUAUAGUCAAAGAUUCUCCUCUCAUCCUGCUUCAAUCUAUUAUCAGCAUACUCGUAUUUCUUUUGUUGUUUGUCGGCGGAGGGUGGGCGGAUCGUGAGCUGGGCUAAGCGGCAUAGGUUACGAAGUUAUUCUUGCAACUUUCGUAUUACAAGAGUUCAAAGAUGAGACUGUGUAAAAUUUAAACUAAAAACGCGAAACAAAACGCCAGAUGCAAGAAACCCAAAUUACAAUUGUAAAAUGUGAAUGUGAACAUCAAAAAAACUAAAUUAAAUCGUAUCAAAUAAAAACAAUAGAGCCUCGAGUGCAUUAAUUCUGCAA